AUGCAGCUGCAGGACACGAACCAGAGCCACGUCCACGCCGAGGAAUCGCUGCCCGUUGUGGCCGAGAAGGGCGCGGCGGUGGCGAGUAACGACGGCAGCGACUCGUGGCUGUUCGUCGACCUGGAGCCCGUGCCGGCGAUCAGCAAGCGGCACGGCGGCGGCGCCGGCGACGGCGACGUCGGCGACCACGCGGAGCCGUGCUCCAGGACCAUGUCCAGCAGCUUCAAGGAGCCGCCCCGUGUCGCCGACCGCCUCCCUCUGUCCGGCCCCGUGCAGCUCGCCGCGUCCACCGGCUUCGCCUGGGCCAAGAAGCCCCGGCCCGACGCCACGAUGGCGCCAGCCGUUGUGACGAAGCGGAGCGGCUCCAAGGGGCCAGGGAACAACAACAACAACAACAACGGAGGAGGAGACGGAGCAAGAACCACCUUCGCCGCCGCCGCCACCGCAGCGGCAGCGGCACCAUACGAGGUGGAGAAGCAGGAGAUGAUCAAGCAGUGGGCACAGGUCGCUGACGCCUUCAGCGCCUCUGAAGCUUACAACAGCCGGUUCAGGCAGACACUUGAUGCCAAGCAGCUCAAGACUGGAAAGAUGUACAAGGGGAAGGUGAACAGGGUGGACUACUCAGGGCCGCUGCUGUCACAGCCCCGGCGCAUCGACGAGCUCCUGCACAACCACGAGCAGCAGAUCCGGCAAGCUGGUCGCCGGUCAUGGUUCAAGAAAGGCAGCAAGAAGGAGCAGAACUGA